AUGGAGAGUGGGUUAAAGCCAACAUAUGGUACGUAUAUUCAGGGACUUUGCAGUGCAGGUUGUGUUGAACAUGCUUUGGAGUUUAUUCGGGAUCUGAAAUGUAGACAUCAACCUCUCAAUGCUUAUUGUUAUAAUGCUAUUAUUCAAAGAUUCUGCCGAAAUGGUGAACUAUAUGAAGCUUUGAAGGUUUUGGAAGAAAUGAAGAGCCACAAUAUAUCACUGGAUGUUUAUAGCUACAGCAUUUUAGUUGAUGGGUUUUGCAAUGUAGGAGAUGCUAUGACAGGUCUCAAUUUGAUCAAGGAGAUGGAACACAAUAAUAUAAAACCUUCCCUGGAUGAUAUGGAUUCUGCCUUGAAACUUUUAGAGGAGAUGAUCACCAAUAAUUUAAACCCUAUUGACUUCGGUUUUAUCCAAAUGAUUCACAGGUUCUGCAAACUGGGAGUAUUAGAAAAAGACUUGGAACUUUUAAGUAUGAUGCUGCAGAUUGGCCUGUCACCAAAUACCUAUACUUUCAACAUUAUUGCUGAUGAAUAUUGCAAAAGAGAGCAUUUGGAGAAAGCAUUGAAACUUAUAGAUGCAAUGCAAUGUUGCGGCAUUAUUUCCAACUCGUACACAUAUAGCAAAAUCAUAAAUAGGCUUUGCAAGGUCAAAAAACCAGGAAACACAUUGGAACUUCUUCCUCAAAUGUUUAAGAAGAAUAUAUUACCUGAAAUUGUUCAUUAUGCUACCAUUGUAGAUGGAUAUGCUAAACACGCAAACCCGAAGAAGGCUUUGAGGUUGUACUCAAAAAUUGUCAAAGCUGGGAUGGAACCUGACAGAGUUACAUAUUCUGCUAUUUGA